AUGGUGAUGACCGACUAUACUUACGUUUUUGCCAUUGGCACAAUGUUUGCGCUCCUCGAAGCGUACAACAACGGUGCUAAUGAUGUGGCCAAUGCUUGGGCCACCUCGGUUUCCUCUCGCUCUGUCACCUAUCGUCAAGCGAUGGUUCUUUGUCUGAUAUUUGAAAUGACGGGGGCUUUGGCCGUAGGUGCCCGGACGGCUUCUACAAUCAAGAAUGGCAUUAUCCCCAUUGAGGCUUUCAAUGGCAACGCCGGAGUGCAGUUGUUGGCUUUUGCUUGUGCCUCCGCCGGCGCUGCUACCUGGGUUAUGUGGUGUACACGUAACUCUGCUCACGUUUCUUCAACUUACUCCCUGGUCUCAUCUAUCGCUGGUGUAGGUGUGGCUGCCGUAGGUGCAAGCAACGUUGAAUGGGGUUGGAGCGGCGGAUCUGGUCUGGGUGCCAUUUUCGCCGGUCUCUGUAUGGCUCCUUGCAUCUCUGGAGUUUUCGGAGCGACCAUCUUCAUGCUCAUCAAAAUGGCCAGUGUUGUUCAUAUCCGCACCGAUCCUGUCAAAUGGGCCGUGUUCACAUCGCCCGGUUUCUUCCUGAUCGCCGGCAGCAUUUGCACGCUGUCCAUCGUCUACAAAGGCUCUCCAAACCUUGGGCUUGAUGAGCGCCCCCCUUGGUUCAUUGCCAGCGUGACUUUGGGCGUUGGAUUUGGAUUGUGCCUCCUUUCUGCCUUGUUCUUCGUCCCAUACGUCCACUGCAAAGUCAUCAAAAAGGACUAUACACUCAAGAUCUGGGAAAUUUGGAGAGGCCCGGCGCUGUUCAUGCGGCAACCUCCUACCGAUGCUGCUGAGGCCAGGGUACCAAACUAUGCCGUCAUCCAACACGAUGGCGACCAUAACGAAGAUGCUGGAGAGCUUGUUGCCCCCGGAAAAGGCCAAGCGCAUGCUGCAGACGCUGAAAAAUCUGCCUCCGACAGCGACAAGGACCUCGCAGGCGCAGAGAGCAAACCCAACACAAAAUCACUUGCCGAGAUGGAAGAUGCUGUCGCUCGCGGGAAUCCUCAAGCUCAGUAUCGUCUACUUCUUAAGCGGGCUGAGGCUAGACACCACGCAGAGCUUCGACAACGGCGAGGGCCCCUUGGAUGGGCAAUGCGUUUACUUCACAACUACCCCAUGGGUGCUGGCGCAAUCUAUGAGCUGCACAACCUGAAGGCAUAUUGCUAUCGCCUGCCGGCAUAUCUCAUUAUUGCAUUGCUCUAUGGUCUCCACUAUGAUAUCCAUCGGGCUCAGGUCGGAGUCCUCGGAACUCCAGAAGGCCGUCGCAUGGACCGAGUGUAUGCUCACGCACCAAAAUAUCAAAAUGAGGUCGAAUACCUCUACUCGUUUGUCCAGAUCAUUACGGCCUGCACAGCAUCCUUCGCUCAUGGCGCCAAUGACGUCGGAAAUGCAGUCGGCGUCUGGGCAGGUAUGUAUGGCGCGUGGCGCACUGGACAGACUGUCGCUUCGGAAGAAGAGGUUCCCCUUUGGCAAAUCGCCGUCAUCGCACUCACGAUUUGCAUCGGAUUCAUCACUUACGGCUAUAAUAUCAUGAAAGUCAUGGGCAACAAACUCACCUACCAUUCGCCAUCUCGAGGGUCGUCGAUGGAGAUGGGCGCGGCGAUCACCAUUCUCAUCUUUUCCCAGUACUCUCUGCCUGUGUCAACGUCCAUGUGUAUCACGGGUGCUACUGUAGGCGUCGGGUUGUGCAACGGUACAUUCAAGGCUGUUAAUUGGCAGCGUGUGGGUCUGCUGUUCUUCUCGUGGGUCAUGACCAUUCCGAUUGCAGGUUUGAUUGGUGGUGGGCUCAUGGGCCUUGCGGUCAAUACUCCUGGCUACUAG